CCAAUCAGCGUCCAUCUGGCCGGUCAUCUCCAGUGUUGUGUGUGGUGUUACUAAAUGUGCUCCCUUUCUGUUAUCAUUUUGAAAGACACGCACUGGCGCGUGGACGCUUGUUGGAAUCGUGGAAGUGGAGUAUAAAUUUCCUGAGAGGUUGUCACGAUGGAGAAUGGGGAUGAUAAUAGUGUCCGGUUCCGCCACCAAACUCUUUCCAAAUUGUCCACCUCGAAGGUCCCGGAUAGCCCAGUGAAUGGCGAGUGUAGCCGAGGAAGUCAACACAGUCAGGCCAUUGGAGACAAUAACAUCAGCAGCAAUGGGAUAAUUGAGAUGGAGCAUAUGAUCACCAAGAAGCUACAACUGAAGAGGAAAGCAGAGUACUUGAAGAAAGACUUGAUGCGUGAGUUUGACAACCAGGUCAACGACUUUAUGGACAGUCUUAUCCAAGAGUCUGCUCGCCUGGAGCCCCCACCGUUGCCUGCUGUCUUCUCCCCUCUUCCUUCAGACAAGGAGAAGAGCAGACUCGGGCAUUUGCGACCUCCUCAUGGCCAGGGCAAGCAGUUUGUCAGCCGUAGGUCGAUCCUUGAUGAGCUCUUUGAGGUGAACCAUAUCCGGACUAUCUACCACAUGUUUAUUGCCAUGCUCAUCCUCUUCAUCCUCAGUACUCUGGUGGUUGAUUUCAUAGAUGAAGGCAGGUUGGUGCUGGAUUUUGACCUGCUUGUCUACGCAUUUGGACAGUUCCCCCUGGUGGUGUGCACUUGGAUCUUUAUGUUCCUCUCAGUUUUAGUGGUUCCCUAUCCCCUAUUCAAGCUGUGGAGACAGACCCAGUCUGGCGCUAAUCGGCACAGAUGGCUGUCCAGCUUUUUCUUUGGGUCCGUGUAUGUUCUCUACCAAGCUUUGGGCCUUGGCUUUUUACCCACAUAUGUGGCGGUGGUCAACAGUUUGCCCCCAGCUUCGUCCUUCAUAAUCAUCUUAGAACAGGUGAGACUCAUGAUGAAAGUGCACUCUUUUAUAAGAGAAAACGUACCAAGAAUCUUGGCUUGGACUAAAGACAAGUCCAGUCCGGGCCCAGUGGUCCCUCGAAUUUCUCAGUAUCUCUACUUUUUCUUUGCACCCACGCUUAUCUACAGAGAUGAAUACCCAAGGAACCAAACAAUCAGAUGGGGCUAUGUGGCCACAAAGUUACUACAGGUACUGGGCUGUUUGUUUUACGCAUACUAUGUGUUUGUGCGGCUCUGCAUUCCUCAGUUCCGCAGCAUCAGGCUUCAGUUUUUUGACCUAAGGGCCAUGGUUCUGGGGGUCUUUAACUCUAUCUUGCCGGGAGUGCUAGUUCUCUUUCUGGGGUUCUUUGCCUUCCUCCACUGUUGGCUGAAUGCGUUUGCAGAGAUGCUUCGUUUUGGUGACAGGAUGUUCUAUAAUGAUUGGUGGAACUCGACAUCCUUUGCCAACUACUACCGUACUUGGAACGUCGUGGUUCAUGACUGGCUGUUUCACUACGUGUAUAGGGACUUCUUAUGGAUCUCCCAGAAGCGCUUCCGGACAGCGGCCAUGCUGUUUGUGUUUACUGUGUCCGCAGUAGUUCACGAAUACAUCCUCGCAAUCUGCUUCGGCUUCUUCUAUCCAGUCCUUUUCUGCCUGUUCAUGUGUUUUGGAAUGAUGUUUAACUUCAUCCUCCACGACCAAAGGAAAGGACCCAUCUGGAAUAUUAUCAUGUGGACGUCCCUCUUCUUGGGUCACGGCGUCAUCAUCUGUUUGUACUCUCAGGAGUGGUAUGCCCAGCGCUACUGCCCCAUAAAAGAGCCCUCUUUUCUAGAGUUACUACAGCCUCGGUCUUGGACCUGUGAGAAAAGUGCCAUUACAUACUAAAAGGCCGUGAACUGAACUGCAGCCGUUUGCAUAUCACGUUGACCAGCUCGUCUGUUCCUGUCCUCACUGUCCUUGACAUCUGGUAUUUAUUCUAGUUGAUUGCACUAUGGAGAUGUCAAAAGAAUGUUGGGAAGAGAUUGUAUAAGCCAAAAUGUUCUUAAUUUCCAAAUACCAAUGAUGCCUUAAUUACUGUUUCUCUGCAAGCAAUUUCAUGUGUGCACACUAUUUAUUCUUUUUAUGAUGUGAUCUACUGUGAGGUUACACCUUGUGCCAAUAUGAAAGUGGCAGCUGAAUACAGACAUUAUGCACAAAUCAUUUACACGUACAGGAAUAGUUAAUAUUUAACAAAGCCAGCGAUGCAUCCCUGCAAUAAAGGUCAUCUCGUGUGUUUGGCAUUGGCCGUUUGCAUCAUUCAAACGGUUUAUUAUAGAUAAUAAUAUAUUGUCAACUUUGUUCUCUGUAUCGCGAACUGGAUUAGUCAUACACAAAAGAAUGAUUUUUAUGCACGCAAAUGAGAUCAAAUUUGUCAAAUUAUUUUCACUUAUUUGUGAUCUGUUCCCACAGUGUGUUAGAAUGUUUAAACACUUGAAUAAUAGAUUGUUACUUGUUCAGGCAUGUUUGUUCCUGUCCUUUGGAUGACAUGUGCCCUUUUACAGUACUUUUUGAGUUUGAAAACAGUUGACUAAGAUGUUCUUAUCAAAGUUAUAAUGCAAGUCAGUCAUGCAGUCCAUUAUUUGAACACAAGGGGGAACUGUAUUAAACGUUUAUGUUUGGAGAACAGAUGGAGUUCAUAUUUGUGUUGCAGUAUGUACAUGUUAAAAUGAACGUUUGUUACAACUGAAAUAAUAUAUUUGAACUCCGUUUUAAACAUUCACUUAGAAGUAAUUAAGCACAAUCCUAUUUAACCGUUACAAGAAUUGCUAUUCAAAAGUUGAGAUUUAACGCUUUAUAGAGCAAGUGACGAUUUUUGGUCAUUAAAAAAGAACAAGAAAUUAUCAUUUUUUAAAUUAUUAAUCAUGACUUUUUAAUAUGUAUGUAUUAUAUUGUAAAUGUUAAAAUGUUAAUAGAUGCAAAAUUAUUGGAAUUAAAAUGAAUAGUAACAGAAAUACACUCCGGUAACACUCCAAGCUUAGUGUUUUUUUUUUGUUAGUUUUUUUAAAUUUCAUAAUAUGUACUGUAACUCAUUGAAUGCCAUUUUACGUUCAUUUGCCCCUCCCAGUCAAAAUGGAUUGGACGUCUUACACCAUCAAUGGCAGCCAAUGUAUUUAUUAAAUGAGUGCCCUAUAGUUUUUUUUUUUUUUUU